CCCCGCUUUAAAGACACUCUUCUUAAGGAAACUCCCCGCUAUAAAGACACAUUUUUUCCCCAGAACAUGGUGCCCCGCAGAUGUACAAUAAUAUAGGGGGGUAGCGUUUCCACUAUGCGGCCCCCCCAAAAAAAAUUUGCUGGGGCAGCAAAUCUGUAAGGCAUUGUAACAUCGACAGCGGUCUGCUGCAGCCCGCACUACUGCGUGUGGGUAUGGAGAGAUUCCUCCCAUCUGCUGGCGGGUCGUCAGCUGCCGGCUUGAGGCCAUGUGGCGAACCCACGUUGUUUUGCAGGGGCUGCCGGGGCCUGAGCGACGCAGGCCAGGCAACAAUGCUGGAUGUGACGGAGAUCCUUUCGCAGAAGUGGGAGAGCUUCUCGGACCAGACUGUUGUCAGGUGCUGGCUCAAGGCCACCAUUCUUCCUAGGGAGCACGAGAACGCGCUCAAGGGCAGAGACACGCGGCUGGACCGAGAAGACAAGGAAGCGGCCGCCUUGGACGACCUUUGCAAUAUGGUCAAGAAGAUGUCCUUGCCGGAGAGUGCCAAGGACUUGGACGCUAGGUCCAUGCCGCGAGUGUUGUCGGACAACUUGUUUGUCGAGAGCACCUCCGGCCUCACUGAACAAGAAGUGCGGGGCGCAGUGAGCACGUGGCUUAGUGUAGAGGACGAUGAAGAGCUCUUCAGGGAAGAGGUAGAACUCGAGAUGGAAGAGGUAACGGAGAACAUGUCAAGAGUACACGUCGAAGACGACGUGUCCAGUGAAGAGGAAGACCAGGACGGUAGGCAAGAGUCGUGCAUGACAUCUACGAUUUCAGAGGCCGAGGUUCGCUCUCGUCUCGAGGAUGUCCGCUCCUAUUUGUACGCGAACGGAAGAGACGGCGAGUACAGCGAAACGGUGUACCUUCUUUCGAAGACUGUGCAUUCGUUCACUCAUGAAACUCAAGUCAAGCGAAGAACGAAGGAGGGGGGUGAGGUGCAGGCGACUCUUCGGGAUGUGUGGGCGACGUAG